GGUUCCUGUCGCAUGCGGUCUGAAGCUGGCAACAGGUUUAUUAGCACGUUUUUCCUGUCAAACUUGUUGUGUCCGAUCUGACCGGCUGUCGGCGCUUGUACAUCUGCGCUCGAGUGUUUCAUAUCGAAGGUUCGCUUGCGUUGUUUUCAGAAGCUACAACGAUUCUUUAAUUCUUUACCGGUCAGAACGGACGUAUGCUUAACCCAACAUGAAUGAUCGGAGCGUGACCCGGUCGCAUUCAUCGAUGAAUAUCGAAAAUUUGACGUCCAUUCCUGUUGGAGGCAGUAUAACGCUGAUCAACUACGCUCACAGACAACUUCCAAAUGUCCACAGCCCGUGUAAGGAUCGUGGCUGGGCUUGGGUGGUUUGUGCCGGCUCAUUUUUCGUCAUGUUUAUGGUUUAUGGCAUUCACACAUCUUUUGGCGUUCUUCUUGUUGUAUUGCUAGAUCACUUCGAAGCGAGCAAAGCAAGCACAGGUAGGCGAAAUUUCCUCUACCCUAGAAUCAUAUCAAGAAUGCGAAACUGUAAAUCUUUGUGUGAGUUAAAAUAUACAUAUACCUUGGAAUUGCUCCAAAUUCAUUGCAGGACAUACAUUUCUACCCUUCUUGCAGCAAAUAAACGAAGAGCGACGAAAAAUAAUGCUAAUUAUUUAAAUUUCGCUUUCCAUUUCCUCUUUGUUUGAUCGCUUAACGCAACAACAACCCAGUAAAGAAAUUGCUGCGAUCCAUGUUUUUUUUUUUUUCACUGCAAUAGCUAGUCUUAUAACAUAAUUGUUCGUACAAUAUAAAUGAAAGAAAGUGAAAUAAUCGUCGGUGAUUUUUGGCAAGGUCCAUAGCGCAAUUUCUACAAACUGCUACAAGCCGAUCGCAGCGGACCAUCCUGGCGGCUAGUCGACCAAACAGAUCAAUUUGCAUGUGAUCUGUGUUUACUAUAGAAAAAAUACCGCAACAAUAUUGUUCGUUUUUACUUGUAAUAUGCAAAAUAAUAAUUUUCUUGAAGGUUGAUGAAUGUUUUCCCGGCUAUGAAAUACUAUUACGCAAACUUAUUUCAUAAAUUUUGCAUAUUUUUCCAACAUGUAAUUGUAAUAAAAAAGAUAUGUUAUUUUUUUAAUGAAUGAACACUGUUUUUAAUUCAACUGUGGAAAAAAUAUGGAGGACACCCAACACGCGAAUUGUAUGCAAAUUUGCUUGAAAAGUUUGUUUUUAUGCCAAAACUAUUCGUGGUCAAGUCAACCAUAAAAUAUUAAAGACGCAAAACUCCACCAAAUUAGUUUAAUUGUGAUUGGAAACUUUCAGAGUUGAAAGUUCUAUUUAAAGAAAAAAUUGACAAAUUUGACCGUGCUUAAAGAUCACUUUUCAUUUUUAGAACUGUAGAAAAGUUUUACUGUCAACGAAUCGACUAUUCCAACGAUAGAUGUGUCAAUAAUUGGCGCUUAGGUACAAUUCCGAUAUUGUCUAACUUUCUCGGAGAAUUCAUUUGUUAUUCCCACUGUCAUAAAUAUAGCUACUCUGUAGUUGAGCAGGCUCAUACAAUACUCUCUGGUCAGUAAAGUUAUGAAAAAUCUAUUAGAUUCAAAAGUGAAAUACAGAAAAUGUGGAUUAAAUUUAUUGAUGCGCGUGUAGUCUUUUAAUUGAGUGAAAGGUCCGUAAUGGGAUAUUCUCUGGAGGGGCCGACACACCGUGCGGUGUGACCGGGUGCAGGUAGGGUUCUUCGUGUCAAUGAUUUUGGUUUUGUUUUGUUUUCUGCUUAUCCUAUUUUUUAAGGCCAAACAAAAACCAGCUUUUACUUAGAAUUCAGGCAAGACUGGACAAUCUCAUCCCGUUAGUCUUCUUUAUUCUAGUGGCGUAAGGACGGUCUCCACAACCCCUCACUCAAGCCACGACGUGACCUUAUUACAAAAUUUCAAAACAUUGCCUUGAGAAACGUACCAAAAUGAUCGAUGCUUUUACACAAACUCCACCAAUAUUCAAUUUAUUGUAAAAUGUUCUAACGCUGUCAUUUUUAACCAUCCAAUGAGCUUUAUAAUAUCAACAUCUUUAUCUAAGUUCAACUUAGUGUAAGACCCCCGAGCUGUACUCCCCUCUGGUUCUGAAUCUGAACCCAUUUUUGUCUAUAAGUUGAUGAUUGGAUGUUCUUAAAAACAACAGAGAAAAUUAUCCAAGAAAAUGCUUUUGAACAAAAGAAAAAGAAACCCGGGUUAAAUUUAACCCUGGAUUAAGCGCUAAUCGGCCUUCGAACAACUGGGUUUUCAGGAGGUAUGCCACACAAUCCCGCCCGCUUUUUCCAGAAGUAGAUGUUACUUGACAGUAGAAAAGAGGUGUUUUAAGAGGUAAUGUUAAGCGUCAACUUUGGAGUCAAAGGCACAGACAAGAGUGUUAUUCCUUGUAGGGAGAUAGCUCGAUAAUUGCAAUAGUUUGUCUACUUUGUCUUCUACAAGGUUAUGAUGGUGGAGCCGUCCCACCCAUGUGUUGCACCAUCUCACUGUCUCAAUCCUGCACAAAGGGUUUCAGAAACGUGUCACAGCCCAUCUGAUGAAGCUGAUGGCAAACUAUGCAGAUCCUGUUUGUUUGCACUACCCUCUAAACAGCAGGCCUGGCUCUUUUGAGUUCAUUGAAACACGAAACGCUAUGCAGUUCAUACGGAAGCGAGUAAACUCAGUCGUUGCAAGUCAUCUUGCUGUGGAAGGUUGAAGAAGACAGAACAAAAUUCUUCUUCCUCUUGGCUAUGACCAGGUAUCCGGCUGUUAACACGGUAGUAAACUUUUUCUUUCGUAAUUAUAAUGGCUCGGCACGCAUGUUGAAUAUUGGUAUGUACCACACAAUAGAUAUGUUCCUAAGUGAGGCGGUCUAAUUGGCUUAUAAUACUAGUGCUUGCGGGAUAGCGUUAACCUCAGUUGUUAAUUAACCUCUCUUUUUGGUCCCCUUUGUCUCAGUGAUAGCUAAAUACCUAACCUGAAGAGGGGGGCUGAUUAUUUCCAUACGUUUAGAUAUUCGAGCCAUUCGCUCUUUCAGUAACUAGCGUGGUACAUACUAAAACAACUCCAUAUGGGUGAACGAUGUGGUUGAAAUUAUCGAAAAACUGUUGAUUAUUUAAACAUGAAGUGCAAAACCACAGACUCCUUUUCCUGACUAAAAAAACAACGCAUUUAAUUUUCCGACAAAAAAUCAAAGCACUCUAACAGGAAUUUUACCGCUAUGAAAUUUUAUACAGUAAUAGUCGCAGGUUUUAGCGAGACGAACGAGGAGGAGGAAGUUGACCUUUGCUGUAAAUUGUAUAAUUAAUGUUUACUUUGAAGCUUAUGAUUAUUUAUGAUUAUUUUUUGCCCUUAUUUGAGCACUUUUCUAACAAUACAGAAAUCCAAGAUGGCGGCCGGGAUCCAAGAUGGCGGCCAUUUGGAAAAACUGCAGUAUGUCUACGUCUUAUGACGUCAUCACGUCACGUAAACUAUCUUAAGGCCCGGAUGCACAGUGCAACAUUGCGCACAAUUAACGUAAACUGUUUUACUCGACAUGGCUAAUUAUAGUCUAAUAAUUUGGGUAACUGUACACGUACCAUUGGUGCCCCCGCUGCUCAAAGCAGACAUGUCUGCAUCAACCAUUUCAAAUUAGGGAAGUGCUAAGUUCUAUUUGCCCAAAUCGCGCGCGGGGAGUGAAAUGAGAUUGUUGUAAUUUGACAAGGGCCCGCCUUUUGUCUUUUUCAACGAUUAAUCGACAAAAUGACGUCUUCCAGAAGGAGUCAAAGUGCUCUAUGAGCUAACUCGUAAAUGGAUCAGGAAAAUCAAAAAAUAUUUGAAGCCGCGUCACGAGACUGCACGCAAUACUGCAACUGGUAGAUAGACGUUGAAAUUUAUGUACCGCAAUGCUGCAGAGCCAUGCGGAAGUAGAUUUUUGUUGCUGAAGUAUUGCAAGUGACAAUUGCAGGAAUGGACAGGCUAUGUAAUCAACAAUUGUGCGCAUUGUUGGACUGUGCUUCUUGGCCUUAAGUUUUUAAGUGCUGUAAACACUACAGGUGUAAUUGACUCAGGCUCCAUUUAUUUGGAGAAAAGGAUCACCCACCUACCAGAGCUACCCUGGGCGAGCCAACUUUUCAUAUAAUAAUUAUAUUAUUUCCUUACAAAACGUAGCGUACUUUUCACAUGAGAAACAAAAAGUUGACUCGGGUAGAAGGCUAACCUGCUUCUCAAUGCCUAGCCAGGUCACCCUUUUUUGAUGGUAGCCGACCACCAUCCGAGCUAACCGGGCCAACUUUUUUCCAUUCAAACAUUUUGGCUCGCCCAGCCAGGUCAACUCGGUCAAAGAGAGACAAUCAGAGCAUGCGCAAGCGCUAUUAACUCGACUGCAAAACUAAUAUUAGACUGUUUAUCAAGAAGAAGAAAUGCCAAAAUCGAAACAGUGCGUUUUUGGUUACGUCGCAUUUUGUUUGCCCGGCAUUGUAAGUUCUUGAAGGCCGGAAAAUCCACGUAUAAAAAUACAAAACAGUGGGGGUAUGCCAAAGGAUUAAUUUAUUUUUCGCCUUUCCUUUCUGAUCCUUGGAACGGACCCCAAAGCUUUUGAAGCAGUUAUUCAACUGUAACAUAUUGACUACAUAAGGAGAUGAAAGAUGCAUUCUCAAUCAAAUUUCUGGGCUCAAUUUAAUCCUGAAUUUUAAGGUAGCAGCAAUGAAUAUCUAACAUGAAUCAUUCUCAGACAAGGUUCAUUUUAUCAUUAAUAAUUUUUGAUAAUUUUAUUUACCAUCCUUUACCAUCCUUUGAAAAUUAUUAGGACUGGACUUAACGAUUCUUUUAAAUUCCUCUUGUUUAGCUACAUAGACGUUUUUGCCCAAACGUAUCCGGAAAAUAUAUUCUUCUUCUUGUUCUUCUUCUCUUUUUUCUUUUUUUCCUAAUUCUCAGUUCUGUCUUAUUCCCUCCCUCUUACUGCGAGGAUCGAGUGUACCUUUUCUUCUACUUCAUUUGAUCCUCUCACAACCAGGGCCUUUAAGAAUAGACCUUUGUCACGCGGUGGCCAUUUUGUCCCAAGAGAUUAAAAAAGCUUUGUAUUUGCACUCCUAGCCUCGUUCUCACUGCAAGGCUAACCGUCGAAAAACAAAGCUUUUUAAUCUCCGGGACAAAAUGGCCCCCGCGUGAGAAAGGUCUUCCCAUGACGUCAAAUCCGCCAUGAUGGGGUUCGAAAACAAUGCUCAAAAUUGCGGCCAUAUUGGGGCGCCAAGACGAUCCUGUGGAACUCGUUUCUUAUGUAAACCCCUUCGUUUUUACCAUUAAUUAGCAGAGAUGCUUGCCACAAUGAGUAAAAAAGCUUUGUAACGUUUUCCUGAUGACAUGAAAAGAACUCAGCUCGACUACUAAGUUGUAUUCCCCGACAGUACCGAUUGGCAGAUUGAAACAAAUAGUAACGUCUUUUGCAGAGAUUUGGGAAGCAACAAUAUACUUCAAGAAACUCAUCUUAAUUCUUUAUUUUUUCUUUCCUUUUUCAGCCUGGAUUGGCUCAAUAUCCGUCAAUCUUCUAUUCCUCUUCAGCCCUGUCACCAGCUCUCUCGCGGGACGUUAUGGCGUGCGCGUCGUCACAAUUGCUGGAGGCCUUAUAAUGAGUGUUGGACUAUUUCUCAGUUCCUACGCCCCCAGCCUCGUCUUCUUAUACAUCAGCUACGGGGUUCUCUUAGGGAUUGGCACUAGUUUGUGCGGGACAAUGGCUUUAAUAGUAACCGCGGACUACUUCGACAAGCACCUUUCUUUAGCCACUGGCAUUGUGGCCUCGGGGAGUAGUUUUGGAACUCUAGCUUUUGCCCCAACGCUUCAAGUCUUAGUCGGGAAGUUUGGAUGGCAGACUACCUUUCGCAUAAUGUGUUUAGGCGGCAUAACCUUGGCUAUUACAGGACUCGUUUACAAAAGAGUGAACAGAAAACUUGUUCAUUUGCCUUCUGGGAAGAACCAAUGCUUUGACCUGUCCGUUUUGAGGAAUAAGUCCUUCGUCGUGUGGACCUUGGCAACUUCAGUGGCUGGCUUUGGUUACUUCAUACCACACUUCUUCUUGGUACGUGCAACACCCAAACCACAAUCAAACACUUUCUUGUCUUACACUGCACCAUCUUCCAACACCUUGGCCCACAAUGAGCCUUGUGAUUUGCAUUGCAUUGCGAUGUGAACCUAGGUGAAAUGUUUCAGUAGUGUUUCAUUCUGGUGGCAUAACGGCAAGGUCUAUUUCCCUUUCGUAGACGGUCGUUGCCAUUUUAACAGUCGAUACCACUCUUUAGUCUUGACAGAUGAAAUAUAUACCCUGGAUUAAGUUACAGUAAGACAAAGUUUUUGAAUAGUCUUAAAAAGAUCGACGUUGAAGCCCAAGUUUCAUUCGCGUUAAAAUUUGUGAAAAGGGUUAAGGUCAUUUGUUAUUGAUGUAUCAGUAAAGAAAGACAGUUUGCUGGUUUAUGUACUUAAAUUUUCGGAAUUUUGGUUGGUGGGUGUGAAAAUUUAGUGGUAAGACGCGAGAAAGAUUAGGAUAUGAAAGUUCCAGAUUCGACCCUAGUUUCCGAUCUUUUUUCUUUUUGUUAGAAACACAUUCAAUAACAGGCCAAAAAUUUUCUAAGUGCCUUAAAAAUGGCAGUGACCGUUAACGAAAGGGAAAUUUGCAACGGCACUUGCUUAGUCCCUGUACGGCGUAUUCCCAGUCCCUCUCGGUCAAUUCGUUUCGGUGACGUAUCCGAGGCGAAUGGGCGGGAAACGCCCUCACAUUUUCGCAUGGACAACGUGACCCGAAACGCUUUGGCCGCGAGGAAAAAUGAGGCCUAGGGACUAGGCAACAGCGGCACAACAUGAACAAAGACGACCCAUAAAUAGAGUGUCCCUAAUGAGUUUUUCGGGAUCUGGGAUCUGCCUUACUUGAAGGCCGGGUCGGGAUUCGGGAUUGAUAGCAAAAGUGGAGCGAGAUUCGGGAUUGAAAAUGUGUACGGUACUGAGGGAUGCCGAAAAUAACUAUCGGGACUACGGGAUUGAGGGAAAAAGCGGGUCGGGAUAACGGGUUUGAAGAACCCUAUCGGGGACCCUCUGACUAAACAUAACGACUAAACAGCGAGCAAAUCAGGAGCACGUUACUGGGGCGGGGGCGGGAGGGGUUGGGAGGCUGGGGACAAAAGGGUCUCAAUGCGGUGGAACCUUUUACCGAUUACUGUCAAUAUCGCGCCAUUUAUUCUCCUAAAGGUUCUAAUUUCUUUUCCAAACGGCUGGAUGAUUUUUGAAAAUGUGUUUCAGUGUUUUUUAUACGCUAAAAAUAAAUUUUCAUCGUUUUAAAACGCAUUUUGUCUCAAUUAGGUCUCUUUAUGACAUGUAUAGCCAAGGCAAAACGUGUAAUUGAGCGACUUUCAUACGUAUGAAUGACUCGUAUCUAUAACAGUGGCUAGAAAAAUGAUUACACAUGUUUUAUGAUUACAGAUUUCUUUUUUUGUCUUAUGUCAAAAGCUGUUUUCUGUUUAAAUGAUAAAGUUUAGUCCAAAGGCUGAAGUUAACCACAUUGAGACCCUUGUACAACGGUGGACUAAGUCACGUUUAAUAGUGAUGGUCCAAAGAACGGUUGCAUAGGAACUUCUAGUUGAAAGCACUUUUGUGAACCUCAUUUACCAUUUAGUGGAAACGUGGGCAAUGCAUGAUGUAUAAAAUAAUUAGUAAAUGAAACUGUUUUUUCAUGUUCUAGACAACAAUAACAACCACCGAACAAUUAAGGUACUCUGUCAAGUACUUUUUCCAUUUCUACGGCAACCUGAGGGGGUGAUUUACAUGAGCUGGUCUGGCUGGAUUUGCCGAGGUCACUUUUAUCUCGAUUUUAGAUAAGGCGAGCCGAAACGGGGGCGUACAUAGAUUUCAGUGAUACGAGCAGUAUGUAAACUACUUUCCUCUCGCCAGCUUGGUUCGCCAGGCUGGCCCGGCGAGAGUAAUUACAUAGAAAAAAUCCAGCACAGCUAACCUGGCUAGCUAGGUCGUCACAUAAUCGAGAAGAUAAUCUUUAGCCUGUACACAUACGUCGUUCUCUUUUUCUUUUCGACAAUCGGUAAGCGCUCGCGAGAAAAAAAAAAAUUUCUUAUGUUACUUCUAUUUUCUUUUCCCCCACCCCAUACGCUAGCGGUCAGUGUAUCCUCAGAAGAUUAAUAUUCAUUCGUGUGCUCGAGGGUCUCUAAAGAAAAACAAAUAGAGUGUCUUUUAAUCUUUAUUGUGUUUAGUCUAUGUCCCGAGAUCUCGACAAAUCGAGCCAGCCCAGCCCAUAUGUAACCGGCUUUUUAGACGAAAGAAAGGGAAAGAGUGAUGGGGCGUCCAUUCACGUGGUCCGUGCUUCAUGGUUACUCCCAGCUCGCCACUUUUUUUAUUGCUCCACCCUUUCUCGUGCCCCUUGCGUUUCGGAAAACGUGGUAAAGAAACCGCUUAGCAGGCAUUUGCUUUUUUCACUUGUGGGUGGUAUACCAUGAGUGUGUUAUGAAAGCAAGCGCAAGCUUUUGUCCACUAAGAAGUUUACCCUUGCCCUGUAAGCGUCAAAGUUGACGAAACGUUAGUCUUUUCUUUAGUCGUUAUGUUUAAGUCCACUGUUCCCUCUGGGUCGUUUGUUAAAUUGACAGUUAGCUGUCUAAAUUACGUCAAACAGCACCAAAAACCUUCUCAUGAUAUCCGGCUGCGCUGUCUUUUUCAUGUUAAACGUCAAUUAGUCUGAGCAAACAGCCUACGUUUCGCGAUGCAACAAUUGGUUUCCCCGCGAAAUGACGUCUGGUGAAUCAGCGCAGAAAUUCUAUACUCUGCAGAUGCCUUGUUAGUACCCAGAUCUGGGUAGUACUUCUGAUUGGUCAUGCACGAGGGAAAUCUGCUUUUACCAAUCAGAAGAACUACCCAGAUUUAUGUGGUGACACAUCAUCAGUAUUGAAUCUCUGCGCAAGAUCCUUUGACGUCAUUUGGCCGGGAAACCAGUAAUGGCGUUGCGAAAUCUCGGCUGUUUUCUCAGGUUAAACGUCAAUAUGCAUGAAGGCUUUCAUUUUUAUAACCUUGCCGUUAUGACGCUAGUGAGAAACAAGCUAACCUGGGAAUACAGUCGCCUCUCAUCGCUCCCACCACUAGGAACGUUUUGCGAAAGAAGCUCUCUCUCGAAAAACGUUUCCAGUGGAGUCGAUUGGAGACUGAGAGAUCGGAGGCUGUAUUCGCAGGUUGGAAUAGGCUUAAUCCUAUUUACACUCGUAAUUUUUUGGCGCCGCUCGCGUUAUUUCAAGAAUAUUGAAGCAUGACUUACCGCAAAAUAUAUAUGGCUUUCGAGGGGCGUGACGUCAUAACGCCUAAAUGGCCGCCAUCUUGAAUUUUUAAUUAUAUAUAUCAUAGCAAUGCCAAAUUAAUACCGUACUCUAACAUGAUCUAAACUCUAUAAAAUUUUCCAUCAAUAAGAAAUUUUUUUUUCCGGUUUGGGUAAACUUGCCUUCUAAACAGCUAACUUUACAUAUCCUGAUAAACAUAUAUCACACAACCGCACAGCGAGAUUUGAAGUAUUUAGCCUGCGAACGAAGGCGUAUAUUUCCGGUAGUCGCUUCCGUUCAAACGAGAAAGCUAUUCUGUGGGAUGGAGAGAAGCGACAACUGAAACAACAUCUAGGUUCGCAGGCUAGAUUCUAUUGCUCAGAGUGUUUUUAUAGCAGAUUGGUCACUCACUCAUAGUCACAGCGAAUUUGUUGUCCUUAAGGACUCCAUAAACCCAAAAAAUAUUUUCAAUUCUGAACGGGUAUACCAAAUUUCACCGAGCCAAGAGCCUGAUUGGUCUCCUUCAGGAGUUCAAUUUGAACAUCCCGUUCCUUUCUAAAGGCCCCCAAGGGCUUUUCUUAUUCUAAUUCUUCGAGAAUGGGAGGAGGCGUGCUUAUCUGUUUUUAUUUUUUGGCCGCGAGGGUGGGCGUUUGAUUGGGGAAAGCACUUAUAUGAGGAACUACGGCAUCAAUUAAUGAAGUAGUGUGGACAUAAACGAUAAUGCACAUAUCUGACCUAUUUUGGCCAAUUUGUUUAGGCUUCAAUCUACAUUAAAUUUUACCAUCCUUAAACUUAUAGGCGCACUACGGAGAAAGGACCGCAUUUCUUCUAGGGACCGAACUUGUAAGACGUCUGGUCCAAUCUAUUCUAAUGUUGGAUAGCGCUAUCCACUUGAUUAAUCACUAUCCAGAGAAUAAAUAUUACGGAAACCAAUUGCGUUAUCCACAGUAAAGGUUGAUCAGUGGAUAGCGCUAUACAUCAUUUGAACAACUGGGACCAAGACAGGAAGAGACAAUAGGGCUAUUUAUACGAGGAAAAAUAAGACGCGUCUUACAUAAGACGCGUCUUAAAUAAGACGCGGACUGUACCAUUUAUACGAGCAUGUCUUAUCUAAUAAGACGCGUCUUAGCUAAGCUGCGUCUUAUUUUAGACGAAAUGUGUCGUUUAUACGGGAAGUUCGCGUCUUAUUUAAGACGCGUCUUAUUUUUCCUCGUAUAAAUGGCCCUUGUGUGUACCAAAGGAAUUCGUUUAAAAAUAAUGCGAUAGAUGGUCAGACUCGAAUCCAAAGCCCUACGUAUUCGCCACGGCACUAUGCACAACGCCUCUGGAUUAUUUGACCGUUUAUUAUGUUAACAACAACAACUAUUGAUGCAGCCUACAUCAACAGUGAAUCGAGCACAUUUGAAAUAUUAUUGUUUCAGGAGCCCAUUACCUGGGAACGUCCUUCUCGUAUAGACCCACCCUGGAUCUUAUCUCUGUGCUAGAUUUUUAUGCUAUUUAUAGAUUUAACUUUCGCGCCAAAAAAUCUCUUAGCCAAUCGAAGCGCCGAAGGAUUUCCAGCAAUGGCGGACGAGAGCAGUAGGGUGUGAAGUAAAGGAAGACAGGAAUGAUGACCGAGGAGCCUCUAUUUUGAAGGUCGACUGUCACAGAUGGGGAGCUUAAGCAAAGACGUUCAGUUUUUGAACGACGCACGGCAACCGAAGUAGCCUUUUUGCAUUCUUGGGCAUUGGUUUUUGCAAAAUCGUCUAUUUAAGAGUAGAAACACUUAGCAAGACAAAAUUUUGUAGCGUCAAGGCAUACUCAAAGACAAAAGGCCUCAUUUCCGCUUAACUUGCGUCGCUCAAAAACGUCUUUGCAUAAGCUCCCUUUUGCAUUGCGCGGCGUUGGAAACAUAGCAAAAUUUGCGGGAAAAGAAAUGAAUAAUUUUGGACCAUUUUAUAUUGACUUCGUGAUUUCUCACGCUCAUUGGUCAGUGGGAGUUUUAACCAUGAAAAUGACGCAAUGAUGGCGAGUUCCCCUAGGGCUCUGUAUCAAAACGAGGUUAAGUGCUAAGCCUUUAGUGUGGAAAUGUUUUUCUAUUCUCAUGCAAAUAAAGCUCAUUUUCAUAAGAAAGGUUGUGCACUUGGCCUCAUUUUAAAACUGAGGGUUUUUGGAACUCGGAAGUAGCCUGUUUGGUUUCCUUUGUCCGGCCAGUAAACUCAGCUGGAAAUGGAUGAUAAUAACCUCCAGUGUUCAGUACUCAUUUCAAUAUUCCAACGCUUAUAAUGUAAGAUAACAGAGAAAUUAUGUCACAAUGUUCAAGGGUUUGAAGCAAAAACACCUUCUUUGGCUCGUAGGUCAACUUCAGUUUUGAACAUUUUGACGCGGUGGAAGUACUAUGGGAAAUUUUAACGCGCUGCGACUCUUACAAGUGGGCGAUGGACGUUAAGGUGUAAUGGGCUUCUGUCGUUUUUGUUGAGGAAUAUACAUGUCCGAGUCAUUUGUAUGGAAGUUGAUGGUAGUAAUCUGAGUUUUUCCAAAUUGUUUCCCCUGUGCAGGUUAGAUAUUCGGAAGAUCUGGGAAUACCUCUUUCCAAAGGCAGCUGGCUCAUAUCCUACCUCGGCAUCUCUUCGGCUAUCGGUCGGGUAUUGUUCGGACGUGUUUCGGACAUCUGUUGCUUCAAAAACAUGCAUAUUUACAGGAUUUGCAUGUUUCUCUCUGGUUUGGCAUCCCUAUUGUGUCCCUUGGCGAGCUCCUAUUGGGCACUGGUGUUGUAUGUUGCAGUGUUAGGAAUCUUGGAUGGUUCCUUUAUAGGACUUAUGUCGAUCGUGACCCUGGACAUAGUGGGCGUGCAUAAAAUUGCCCCUGCGUGGGGCAUCCUAUUUUUUUGUCAGUCAUUUACAUAUUUACUGGGGCCUCCAGCUGCAGGUACGUCAGAACUCGCCACUUUAGAAACGCCGCAAAGGAAACAGGGACGAGUUAACUUUUGCAAUGACCUGAGGACGCGAAGGUCAGCUGUUGGCCAAUUUUUCCAAAUUUUUCCCUGUCUUCAGUAACAGUCCCUGAAGUCUUUGCAAAAGUUAACUCGACCGGGUUUGUCUUCUGAUUUAUCGCAUGAUUUAAGGAGUAUUUAGACAUCGCGCAACAAAUCCCAAUUGUUUUUGUUUUUCUUUUCGCAGGUUUCAUGUACGACUCACUGAAAACUUUUAAGCCGGUGUUCUACUUAGCUGCUGGACCAAUGAUUUGCGGCUCAUUUUUGUUAUUCGUUGCCUCCUUUUUUAAGUGGAACCAGGUCUCUCGCGGCUGUGAAGAACUCAUCGGUGUCGAACCCAUAUCAAAAUACGGCAAUCGAGUGGAAUUUAGAAUCGAUGCUCCUCCAAUUAUUGUUUUAACCGAACCUGAGGAAAACCCGUUGGUUGUGGUGGAGCGUUUGACUGUACUGUGA